AUGGAAUGUGCUGUGGCAUAUGGGUCAAAUGGUUGUUUGAGCAUUUCAAUCCCCUCAGGAAAUGUACAAUUGACAAUUAAGGGGGGUAGAAAGUGUUAUGCCAAUGGGUUCGUCCAAAUAAAUGGUGCCUAUUACGCAUCUUGCAGCGAAAAGGCUGUUUUAGAUAUAGUUAGUAAUGGAGAAAUUCGUACUAUUGCACUUCCAGAGUUGUGUCCAGUAUUAAAAUCCAUCCCGAAUUCGACUCUGGUGGCUGGAUCUGAUAGCGGAAAAAUUUAUUUUUGGAAUACAAUAGAUGGCAGCCUAAUUGGAACAUUUAAACCGCAUUCAAAACCCAUAACUUGCAUAGAUUUUGACCAAUCAUUCAAUACAGUUUUGACGGGAUCAAUGGAUUCGUCAUUGAAGCUAUUUUGUCAACCCUUAGUAGAUUGUAAAGAAGUUGCAAUAUUUUACGGGCAUUUGGCGCCAAUUAUUAGUUGCGCUAAUUUAAUAAAGUACAAAUAUCAAUUUGAUAUCGCAUCAAUUUCAGAAGAUUCCACGCUGAAACUAUGGAAAUUGCAGAGAAAUAUCAACAGGCAAGAAGCUGUAUGCAUAUAUACGAUCAAUUUAAAUUCAAAACCCCAUAGCAUGUUGAAGGGAUUGAACAAUCAUUUGUAUGUAUCACUCCAAAAUUCUACUUUGUUGAAACUAGAAUUGCAAAUUGAUGUUAAUGGUGAAAAUAUUAGUAAUAUGCCAGAAAAAUAUUACAAUUUUACACAAUGUAUGCAAAUUUGCGAAUCCUGUGAGGGAUAUCAUUUAGUUUCCAUUGGUGUUGAUGGCAUUAGAAUUUGGGAUACACAUAGCAUAACUUGCCUAUCCCAUUUUCACUUGGGCAGCGAUUGCAAUUCCAUAUUAAUGGCUAGACAAAUGAAUGCUUUAGUAACUAAAUGUCCUCUCAAGAGAGUGGAAACACAUGAAAGUCAUUUGACGCUACUGCAAAUGGAUAAGGAAUCAACUAAAAAAGCUGCAAUUAAGGCGCAAAAUGCACUGAAAAAGUUACUACCACUACACUCAUCACUGCAAAAUUUAGAUCUGAGUACCCACUUAAACCUAUAUAAGGACUCUGAACAAUUGUACAAGCUGAUUAAAUCGCAAGUAAUCGAAACCUCGAAACAAAUGGAAUCCCUCGAUGCAUUUAACGACAUAUACAAUGAUAUUAAAUAA